CCAAGAUGGUGUCCGGCUAGUGAGGGGAGUGGCGAAUGAAAUCUUUAGUUGCGGUUGAAACAAGUGCCGGCGGUCCGGUAUACGGGGCUCUUGCUAUCCUCUCGGCCGUGAGAAUCACAAACAAGUGCCGUGAAAUGACCUCAUCCUAGUGUGCCAUGACAUUUGAUACAUAAACCAUAGACACACCCCUAUUUCAACUCAUCUGUGAUAAUAAUAAUUAUGGCCGUGCGAAUGGAUAACUCCACACCGAAUAGAAAAAUUAACUACAAUAAAGUCACGAUACAUGGUGUUUACAAACUUGGCGAGGAUUUUUUAAUGACUAGCAACGGAGGCGGGUCUGGAAAUAGGCCGGCAACAGCGUCGUUCGGCGGGGGCGGAGUGAAGGGGUGUGGCGGUGGGCCCAUGGCCACCCAGCACCAGACUCCGGGGGGCUACCGCGGCCAGUGGGGCAACGUGGGGGCCGGUCACCAGCACCAACACCCGGCCGCAGGCGCUACUUACUAUCAAAGGUACACUCCCCAGGCGCAGCAGCCCGCCCAGGUCAACACGGCCCAGGCACAGGCCUCGGCGGCGGCGGCAGCCGCCGUCUCCCCGGCACAGAACUCUUACACGCCCAGCAGCACCACCAGCAACAGUAACUACAACAAUUCUAAUUCGUACGGUAGCCAGAGAGUGCCAACAGCCACUUCCCCGUCUAAUGCUAGCAGCUCCAGUAGUCAAACAGGUAGCCAGAGCGGCAACGUAUCGACAUCCCUUAGCAACAACAUGCCUAAUAAUAACACGAAUUCCUCCUCUACCAACUCCUCAUCAGGAUCAGAGCAGCUUUCGAAAACUAAUUUGUACAUUAGAGGACUUAACCCUGGAACCACUGACAAAGACCUAGUUAAUAUGUGCCAACAAUUUGGUACAAUCAUUUCCACCAAAGCGAUUUUAGAUAAAAAUACUAACAAGUGUAAAGGGUACGGAUUUGUAGAUUUUGAGAGUCCGGCAGCGGCCGAAGGCGCAGUGAAGGCUCUUACUGCGAAAAACAUUCAGGCGCAAAUGGCGAAAGUGGGUAUUUGGUAUCACCAACGUAGACAAGCCACUCAACAGGAACAGGAUCCGACAAACUUGUACAUAGCCAAUUUGCCACCGAACUUCAAGGAAUCAGACCUAGACAGCUUGCUGUCAAAAUACGGCCAGGUAAUAUCAACUCGUAUACUCCGCGAUUCGUCAGGAGUGUCGAAGGGAGUUGGCUUUGCCAGGAUGGAGAGCAAGGAGAAGUGCGAGCACAUCAUCCAAAUGUUCAACGGCAACGCCCUGCAGGGUUGCAAGGAUCCCCUUCUCGUUAAGUUCGCGGAUGGGGGCAACAAGAAGAAGAAUAUGUACAAGAAUAACGAUAACGCCAAGAUAUGGAGAGACAGCGCAGAGGCCAUCACAGCGGUCACUUACGAUCCGGCUUCUCUUGCGGCUAACGGCGUCGCCGGACAGCCUAUGAUGCCUGCUCUGUCUAAUUAUAGGCAUUUCCCAAAUCAUCAGUUUUCUCAAUAUGCGGGAACACAGUGGUACUCACCGUAUGUGAUGGCGCCACCCCUUCAGCAAGUGGAUGAUACCUAUUCAAUGCCAGGACACAUGGCUGCCCAAUAUAAGAGCGACGGUCAAGCACCUAGGGGUAUACCGGUCAUAAUGAAUUCUACAGAAGGGACUGUACAAUACACAAAUAUGUUACCUCAGAUCGCAACGCAAAUGGGGGCGAUGCAAAUAGGUACAGGGUCCUAUAUUUCUCCCGCGUACCCGUACUACAAUCACCCAUCGAUAAUCCACGCUAUUCCCGUGGAUUCGGAGCACACCUCUAACGCGGCGAGCCCAGAGGAUCCCUAUAGCUACCAAGCACCCCCAAAGUAAGCUUACUAAGGAAACGAUGCUGGACAAAUUGGAAAAUUUGAAAAAUGGACAUCCCGUUUGAAAGUUGCCACACGUUUUAAUUAACAUUUUUUAGAUUAAAGAAGCAUUGCAAAUGCUUAUAGUUUUGUAGAUUAUAGCUAUUUGUGAAGGUAAGACUCUUUGGCAAUUUUUAAAUUGGGUAGAUUAGACAUUGUUUAGUUACGGAAAAGAAAGUAACUAAGUUGUAUAUUUUGCUGCUGAUUUUUUUUCUGAGUUGAUUGUUUUUUAUUUUUUCAUAACUUAUUAUUACAAGAUUUAAAAAAAAAGGACUGAAACUAUGUGUAAAGUAGAUAUUUUUGAUACAGUAUGUUCCUAGUUUCAAACUAAAUUGUAUUGAAAAUAUGUCUUCUGGAAUAACUUUGUAUCUGUGUAAGAAACGAGUGAGUCUUAGUUUUAAAUGUUUCUGCCAAUGACCCGGGGUGGACGGAGGAUGGUACGUUUUCCGUGCCGCCCCGCACUGUACAUACAUUUGAGAGAAUGUACUUUCUUACAUAGAUAAAUUUACCAACACAUUUAUGAAAAAAUAGAAUAGGAAAUGUAGAUUUACAAAAAUGUAAAAAGUAACGUUGAUGCAAAACGACUUUUCUACGUACAGCAGUAAAAUGGUGUAUUGAUCUUCCCAAGCCACAACGGCAUAGAAUAGGUAAAUUAGUAUUUUAUUUUUUGAUGAAGAUCUACAUAGGAAUAUAGGUAGUUGUUUAAAAAGCUACGCAAGAUUUGCGAUAAAAAAACUGCUCACUAUAAUCAAAUAAAUUCUUCCUAAUGAACAUCUUUGAACUUUAACUUCCACUACGAAAAAAAUGUCUGCAUAUAUUAUUUAUUCGUUUGUACACAUUUUAUAUAAUUUAUUUAUUUCGAGUGUUUCACUUCUCGCGCCUGGACACUUUGGCUGAGACGUUUUAACGGAAAAGUGGAGCAUGGGAUUUUAGAAAAUUGGGAAAAACGUAUUGGAGUCGUUGCCGAAAUUUGGUUCAAUGUAAAGGAUAAAAUUUGUUAACAAAAUCCAUUAUUUUAUGUUUUUUUUUUUCUAAAAUACCAAAGUUUUAUUUAUACUCACAAUAUUCGACACUAUUUUUUUUUUAAUAUUUUCUAAAUAGGUUUGAGGUGAAACACAAACUGUAUUAUAUUCUUUAUUAAUUUCAACAUUUUCAAAUCACCUUAUAAUGACAUUCCAAUGUCUUAAAUAUAUGUAUAAUUAUUAAUUUGUUUCUAAUUUAUUUAAAACAGAUUUUUUCGUUUUAAAAAGUUUCCCUAUUUUUGUACAGUUAUAUAUAUAUAGUGCAAUUUGUUUUAUUUUUUAGAUUUAUUUAUAAUUAAAAGUAAAAUAUAUUAUGAUUGGGAUUCUUUUAAAAUGGACUGACAUUAUUAUUUAUUUAAAAAUAUCAGUAGAUAAACUAAGUUAAAUGAAGCUGUGAUUCUGUAUUUUUUCAGUCAUUUAUGUAUAGUCUUAUGUAAGUGUGAGAACUUUGAGGUUUUUUCUUAGUUUAUUUACUGCAAACGUAUAUUUUAUUUAAUUUACUCGAUGAGACAUAGCCUUCGAAAAUUUUAUUCGAUACCCGGCCAGCUCUUAUCGCCCGCGGUUUUCUGCGCAUUCGAUACAGAAGAAUCCGUUGCCAGAUUUACCAAAGGUUUAAAUAAUUUAUUGAAGAAGCGAGAGACCAAAUUUUUAGGUGCGCCAUCUGUCGUUCAUUUCGUUUAGUAUUGAGCUCCGCUAUCAAAAAACUUGUAUGUGCCAAAGUAGAGUUUUCUUUCAAUUGCCUGCCGAUUUAAAAAAAAUUACUUAUCAUUCUUAUUGUAGAUACAAUUUGCAGCGUUAUUCAAUAUUGAUACUAAAUUAAUUGAAAUAUUGGAAGUAGUUGACAACUUGGGAAAGAAAAUACUAGAUGGCGCCUCCAAUAAAAUCUUCAUCGCCUGCGCUUCAAGCAUAAUUAAGACAGAUUUCAUAGGAGAGUCGCCAUCUAGUAUUUUCUUUCCCAAGUUUAACUGUUAUACACGGCUAUUACUAAUAGAUAUAUAAAAACCAAAACAAAUUUUUCUUCAGCUACGUUUUUUGGUAUAUAAAAUUUUUCUGAAAACGUUUUCGUGCGAAAAUUUAGCGAACUAAAGAAAAUUGCAUUUAUUCGUCUCGCCUUAAUAAAUUAUUUAACUUUGUUUGGCAAGACAUUUAUUUUGGUCCACGCGAACGGUUCUGUGUGACCGAGUUUGUUAUAAUUUAUGAAAUUGUUGCAUUGUUUGAGAGGUUUAUUGUCGUAGAAGGUCGCGGGUGAUAAUCGGCUCCGCGGCCGGGUAAUUUUGCAUGGAACUUCACGUUAAGAAAUCGUGCCUUUUCAGAUUGUCCACAGGGAUAUACUGAAAAUAUUUUAAUAUAUUUUUUUAACUCGGUGUAUUCUUAAAAAAAAACCGAUAACCAAAUUUUUAACUUAUAGUUGUUUAUGUGUUAUAGACAGUUUAUAAGGUUUUUUACUUUCCUUUUAGGAUUGUGGAGGUCAGGGUAGAUUCCAAAAGGCACAAUAUAACUACUGCUAUUGCAGAGUGUCUUUAACCCUCCAUCCAAAAAUUAUUUUGUGUGUUACAUAGCUAACAAUUUUCUGAUGUAUUUCUCCUGCUUUACACCCCUGUCAAGGGAUAAGGAGAAACCAAAACUAUAGAAUCCUUUUGUUGUAUAUAAACAGCUUCGUGUGGCGGAACUAUUUAAAAAAGGACAAUAACAAUUAAUAAAAUCAAGUGUAACAUUACUUGUACAGCGGUCUGUAAAGUAACAGUGACACAAAUUCAAUAAAAAGUUAUAAUUUCUAACUGGCUAAUGUAGUUCGACAACCAAUCAAAUUUAGGAACGAAAAUAAUAUGUGGCAACCCUGCCAUAAAAUUCCUGCCAUCUAUGAACAAGGGUGAAAGGGAUUUUAUGGAAGUGCCGCCCUCUAGUAUCUCCAUUCCUAACUUUGUUAGGUUGUUUAGCAAUAUUAUAACACCGCUUGGCCGUAAGCGACAAGAAACUUCAAUCAAAUUAGUAUAUAUACUGCUUUCCUGAAAACAUACUCAAUUAAAGUUUGUGUGCAAUCAAUAACGAUAAACGGGUGACUUCGCUACGAUGUUAACAAUUUUAUCAUAUUUUCAGUAACGGACCUACAAUACCUUUUUUAAAACAUUUAAUUACUUGUGUUUAAAAAUUAAGAAAGUGUUUACUCAAAAACUUGGCAAUCGAGAUUUAUUUUCUGAACCCUUAUCGAACUGAUGUGUUACUUUACGGGAGCGUUGUACAAUUUUAUGAACAAUAUUUCUCGUAGCUCGGAUUUUGUUGCAAAAAAGUAAAUAAGUUUUUAAUAAAACAAUUUGUUUCAAGUUUGGAUUAAAAGUCAGGCGAUCCAGGUGUUUAUAUAAAACAAAAUCAUGAUAUAUAGCUGAAACCAAAUAUUAUAUCGACAACAUUACUUUGUGAAGUUUUUACACAGUUAACUGAUAGUAUCAGUUUUAUUUUCUUAUACCACAGCAUAUUUAAUGGUAUAAACUAUUUUUAGACCAUAAAUUAUCGAAGAUUCGAUCAGCGACUACCUAUUAAUAAGUCACGGUUGGAAAUAUUUCCAAUUUGUAAAAAGCAAAAAGCAUUUAGUUAAGGAUAGCUUUUAGCGAGUAGGAUAGAUUCUAGUUUUAGGGUUAGCUUAGGUAGAUUUAAGUUAAAAACUAAGUAGAUUAGGUUAGGCAAUAAGAGUAAUUUAAGGUUUGUUUUGGCUGAAAUAUCUUUGCGGUUUUUAGUUAGUGUUUAUAUUAUAUAGAUAUAUUUAAAACUGGGAGUUUGGUCAUGUUUCAGUGCAAUAUCCGGUUUUUGAUUUGUUUUUUGGAAAAUGGCCAAUUUUCGAGUAGCGUUUUAGUCAUGGAGGUGCACCGAAUUAUAUUUCAGCCGAAAGAGGACAAAAAAGUUAGUAUAACUAAAUGUUUUUUAUUGUUAAUAAGUUUACAGUGUAUGUUUUUGUUUUCUUUCUUUUUAUAUUGUAAGUCUUUUGUGUUGGUAAAAUAUACUGUAUUUGUCCA